AUGAAGGAGUUUCAAGCUAGCCCUAAGGGGCAUACGAACUAUUUGGGAAGACCAUGGAAGGAGUUUUCGAGGACGGUUUUCGUAAAGUGUAAUCUUGAGUCUUUGAUUAGUCCUGAUGGAUGGAUGCCAUGGAGCGGGGAUUUCGCGUUGAAGACUUUGUACUACGGUGAGUAUAAGAAUACGGGUCCGGGAUCGGUUAGAUCGAAGCGGGUUCCAUGGAGUAGUGAGAUACCGGAGAAGCAUGUUGAUGUUUACUCUGUGGCCAGUUUUAUUCAGGCUUCGACGACUGCUUGA